AGCUCAGUUUCAGUGGCAGAGCUGAGCGUACGGUUGUACGCGCCUGGCGCACACAUAGCCCACUCUUUAUAUAUAAGGAGAGAUCUUGCGAAACCGUUAGCACAUUCGGACUACAGCUUGUCCAGGAAGUCACGAGUUUCUUUUGUCACCCGCGAAGUUCAACAUGCUGGCCGCUCUGGUUGGAUUAUUAUUGCUGGUGCAAAUGCUUGCUGCCAGCCCAUACAUCGACAACCAAACGCAGGCGCAGGUACUCAGAUAUGAGUUAGACACGAACAACCUACCUAACUCCUACAGUUACUCUUAUGACAACAGCGAUGGUUCUUCACGUACGGAACACGGCGCCAUCUUAAAUCCGGACACGAAAGAUGCAACACUCGACGUCCAGGGAUCGGUUCGCUGGUACAACAGCAAAGGACAACUAUACGAAAUGAUUUACAAAGCAGGCAAAAGAGGCUAUCGAACAAUAAUCAAAAAAGUCUCCUAAAUUUCGAACUUCAACAUUUUAUAGUCGAACAUGUUUAAUUAAUAAGGAAAGACUGGACAGUAAUUUAUAAAUUAGUUUGUAUUUAUUCGGGCAAAGUAUUUGUUAACGUUAUCGUUAUAUGACAGAUCUCACAAACUUUUGGAAAUAUUAACAGAAAUUUAAACAUGUUGGUUGAAUUAAUAUACACACUUAAACAGUCUUGGGUAACAUAAAUCACACCAUCGUGUUGUUUUUAAUUUAGUUAUAAUUUAUGGAGUAUAUUUAUUAAAUAAUAUAAGUAA